AUGCGUUGGACCAACAUGCUGCUGCUGGCCUCGGCGGCUGUGGCGGAAAGCACGUUCUGGGUGUCUCCGUCGGCCGAGCAAAACUGUGUCGGCAUCUACGCCGGCUCAGAAGAGUCCCCCGCCUCCAUCUCCGUCUACACCCCCAAAUUGGACAACUCGUCGGUCAUAAACUUCAUGGGCCACGAGGGCUGGAUGGCACUGGCCAUCUACAAGUAUGAAGAUCUGCCCUUCAUCGGUGACAUGGGCCGCAAGGAGUGGGGCUACAAGUACCACUGCAACAGUAUGAACGUGCAGUACAAGCUGUGCACCCACGACGAGAUUGGGCAGUAUAUCGUGAAGCAGAACUACACCGGCAACACGAUUUUCACCACCAAAGUCGACCUGCUGGAAGAUACCACCUUCAAUUAUACCGUCAACGAGACGGGGCUGUACUGCGUGACGGCCCAUCCCAAUAAUGAGAUGAACAAGUUCAUGAGCACCGUCACGGUAAAGGAUGGCAACGGGCAACUGUCAGGUUAUGACUACAACAAGUUGGCGUACCACGGAGUCAUGAGUGGGCUGUGGGCGGCGACUCUGAUUGGAUACUUGGUGCUGUGUUUCUUGCGAAAGAAUCUUCUGCCGGUCCACAAACGCCUCCUGGCCCUGAUUGCCGUCAAUCUCGCCGUCUCCCUGCUCUGGACCAUCUACAACGCCAUCUACAACGCCCAGGGACCCACAUCGUUCGUCAAGACCCUCGUUGUCAUCUCCGCGGUCAUCUCCGCCCUCAGAUGGGCCCUGUCAAUGUGGCUGGCGCUGUAUGUGGCCCACGGAAUGCACUACUUUUCCACGCCGCUGAUCCAGAGCGCGAAAAAGAAGGCGGUGGCGGUAACUGCGACCUUCUGGGUGUUUGAAUCCAUCGUCGCCUCCAUGUUCUAUCUCAUCGGCAUGGUCCAGGGCACCUAUGUCCGAAUGGCCAUUGGCGCCUGCCUGUGUUUUGUGCUCUACUCCACCCUCUACAUUUUCUACAAUAUCUACUCCUGGAUGAACCACACCCAAAAGAGCUAUAUUGACGAAAACAUGAGCGUGCAGAUUGACCAGAUUUCCAAGCUGCGGGCCGUCUACCUGGCCUUCUUGCUCCUCUUUGCCUUCAUGGUCCUGUUCAACAUCAUGGUCCUCCUGCGAGGAAGCAUUGUCGGUAGUACUCUCAACCUCAUUCAGACGACCAAUAUCGCCUGGGUCAAUGAGUGGAAGUACCGGUGGUUUUUUGUGCACGACUGGAUCGAGCUCGCCAACUUGCUCGUCGUCCUAGCGGCCCUGUGGGUCCUGAGACCAUCUCGAUACUUUAACCAGAUGAUGGACGGCAGUGGCCAGAUUAGCCAGAAGGACUACGACGAGUUUGAGCUCGACGAAUAUGACGAGGGUGUUUGA